UUCAGUCUUUCCCUGGCAUAUUCCGAUUCAUUUUCCAUUGCAGGUUCAGUGUUUUAACUAACCUUAUAUAGACCAAUCCGACUGGCGAUGGCUUCCUUUAUGCAAGUGCUUCUAGUCGUGCAGCAUCCAUGAGCCUCUCCUCUCCAUAAACUCCUGCGCUCCUCCAUGACCAACACAUUGGAGCCCUCUCGACGAGCCAGCGGUGAACAACUAGCAUGCCAGGAUUAAUUCUUCGUUUGGCUUGAAUUAACCCAAAGGACACGGCCUGAAUUUCAUCUUAACCUCCUUUUGAAAUAGUGUCCUCUUAUUCAGUUUUACUGGUUCAGCAUAGCAGCAGGGAUAAAAACGAACUCUUGUUUACAGCGCGCACCACAGACUUUCUCACACCAUGUCGUUCAACAACACAAAGAUGGGCUUCUCUGUAAAGGACCUUCUGGAUCUUCCUGACACCAAUGGAGGUUCUGGAACGGAGGAGACCGAGGAUGAGAACGAGGAGGAAACUAGUGAGAUUAUGACGCAAAAUCCAUCUUUAGAAAACGCUGGAAAUAAGAGCCUUUUGUGUGAUGGUGGUGGUAAUUCCUACUCAAAAUGGCUUGCUUCCUCCAACAGCAUCCAAUAUUCACGUUUGUCAGUUGAUUCUCGAAACGAACCGAAAUCUCCAGAGCUGUCCGCCGACGAAUCCCAAGAUAUCGACAGAGACACCGCAGUUGACAGCAGCGACUCUGGAAAGAAGAGGAAAAGGAGGGUGCUGUUUUCCAAAGCGCAAACAUAUGAACUAGAGCGACGAUUUCGACAACAGAGAUAUCUCUCUGCGCCGGAGAGGGAGCACCUUGCCAACGCACUAAGACUGACACAGACCCAGGUGAAGAUCUGGUUCCAGAAUCACCGGUAUAAAAUGAAGAGAGCACGCGCUGAGAAGGGUAUUGAAAUGGUUCAUCUCGUGUCCCCAAGACGGGUGGCCAUUCCGGUUUUGAUUCGGGAUGGAAAACCGUGUGACACAAGCAAAACUCAGGAACUUGAGGCCUCGUUCAGGGCUGGAAUACCUCUCUCGGCGUAUAACGCCUAUUCUCUCCAUCACAUGCAUAUGCGCUCUCACUACAGCCCCGACGCCAUGUCACAACUGCCCAGUUUGCAUCACUUGGCGCAAAUGUACCAGUGGACUUGGUAAAAGAUGGAUAGGUCUACUUCAAAUAACUUUGAUUCGAACAAAAUAUAAAUACAACUUUUCCUGAUUUGGAUUGAAAUUAUGAUCUCUAUUUUAGUCACAUCAAAGCUGAUUAUGGGGUGGCCCAUGAGUUGGACGAUGUUAGGCCUCGUGAGAUUCCGUUAGUUUUAUAAUGUUUGCUAAAUUAAUGUUAUAAAUAAAUGUUAUGUCUGUUGUAAAGUGCUCAUAUUAUGAAUUAAUUUAUGGUUUUUGGUGUACUGUUUAUUUAACUUGAAUAUUUAUGGCCGUGAAUAAACCUUUGUCAUUUUGAU